CCUCGAUCUACGCCGGCCUAGGAAGUGAUAACACGGCUAUCUACACACAGAUUGUUCAACGGGAUAAAAAUUAUAUAUUCAAUUGUUGAAAUAUCUGGCUGGUGCAAUAACUUCGGAAUAUAUUUGAAAUAUAAUGAGGAAACUUUGGUAGUGAGGUUGUAAUGCAAGUGUGAUAGCGAGUGAAAUGGACUGACUAGCUGGAGCCUGUGUGUUGUCCUUGACAUCAGCUCACCAUGACUACCAUGACAUUGUUUCGUAGUGUAACCUUGACCCUUGUGGUCUGGAUUAUCUUUGUGUGUUCUGUUGUAAAAUCACAAACUCUGACACAAAAGUUGGAUUUAUUAAUGAGAAAUGCAUCUGUAACUAUGAAUGAUGAAUACCUGUGCAGCAGUUAUAAACUACCUGCUAAUGAUCAAUAUAUAGUGCAAUAUGAAGCUUUAGCCAAUGCAGGGACUGCCCACCAUAUUCUGUUGUUUGGUUGUGAUGAACCUGCCAGUUCAGAAGACUACUGGCAUUGCGGGCGACUGUGUAAAUCACAAGAACAAAUUUUAUUUGCAUGGGCCAAGAAUGCCCCUCGUCUUAAUCUACCGAAAGAUGUGGGAUUCCAUGUUGGGGGACAGACCAGCAUUAAGUACAUCGUCAUCCAGGUCCACUAUGUCAAUCCUCUCCCACCGGGAUCCUUGGACACCUCAGGAAUACGACUCUCCAUGACCUCUCUCAGACAGAGGUACGAGGCGGGAAUCUAUCUAUUGUUGGCGUACUCUGUACGAAUUCCCAGCAACAGUGUCAACGUUUUUGCAGACAUAUCAUGCCAGUUUAAGGCCAGUGGACCAAUUUAUCCGUUUGGAUUUAGAACACAUGCCCACAGUUUAGGGACUGUCAUAUCUGGCUAUCAGGUCAAUAACACAUACAAUCUAAUCGGCAAGGGGAAUCCCCAGUGGCCACAAGCCUUCUAUCCAGUGGAGAACAAAGUUGUCAUCCAGAGAGACGACUACUUGGUUGGGCGAUGUACAUAUAACUCCACAGGUAGAAACAGAACAACCUAUAUAGGGGCCUCCCACAAUGAUGAGAUGUGUAACUUCUACAUCAUGUACUACGCUGACAGAAACACGCGGCUCCAGUACCACUCCUGCGCAGGCAACAACAACCCAAGGCUGAUUCAGAAGCUGCCAGCUUACUCCUACCAACAGCUGCCUCCUAACCCUUUACUGGAGAUGGCUGCCCAUGGCCCCAGCGGUCACAUGGGAGACCCCGAGGGUCACAGUCCUAGCCCUAUAGUGACUGCUGCCCCUGUUACCAUGGCACCCACACCAGCUCCUACACAGGCCCCGACUAAACCCACCACAAGGAAACCAGAAACAGGUAAUAGUCAAGUGUAUUUGUCUGAUGAUAUGCCGUGGGAUUUUACUCGACAGGAAAGGGAGGGGCAAGGGGUAUACCCCAGGGAUUACGCUCCGGAUUAUUCUGAGUUUUACGAUGAGGUUGAAAGUCAAAGGGGAAGGAAAAAGUACCCAAAGCAGGACUAUGGUCGCCAUAGAUACAACCAGCAGGACUAUGAUGAUUACUAUGACUCGGGUCUGGGUCAGAAUCAAAACACAGGUCGGGAUGGGCGGUAUCAGGGGAGUUCAAGGACAAACAACAACCACAGUGGUCAAGGUCAAGUAUUUAACAGGAAUAGAAACCGGGUGGGAGGUCGGAGACGCCCACACAAACACAAGGACAAUCCAUACCAACCAGACAACUCCCUGUUUAAGGAGGCUUACGCAGUCAGCUUGGAGAAGGGGCAGUCUACAGUGGGCCCCCCUGUCCUGACCCCCGGUCACACCACACCAAGGAGUAAACCCCCCAGAAAACCCCACAUGACCCACCUAAUGGACUUUGAGUCGGACUUUGGAGGGUCGUCAAGCGGGGGAAGUCCCACCCCUGGGUCCGAGGUCGUGAUUGGUCAAGUUGGGGGUGUGGCUACAGACAAGCAGGGAAAUGUCUAUGUGUUCCACCGUGGCGAGAGGGUCUGGAACGGGCUAUCCUUUGACCAGUAUCAUGUGUUUCAACAGAAGAACAGACCUAUCAAGGCCAGCUGUAUCGUGGUGUAUAACUCGGCUGGGCAGGUCAUUCGACAGUUUGGCAAGGACAUGUUUUUCAUGCCCCACGGGAUAAGUGUGGACGACAAACUGAAUGUGUGGGUGACAGAUGUUGGACUGCACCAGGUCAUGAGGUUCCCACCAAAUAGUGACCAGACUGAUUUAGUCCUGGGCCAGAGGUUCCAGCCAGGAAAGGGGGAUAACUUGUUCUGUAAACCUACUGAUGUAGAGGUUUUGUCAACAGGGGAAUUUUUCAUUAGUGAUGGAUACUGCAAUUCUCGCAUUCUGAAAUAUGACAAGGCGGGAACGUUGAUCAGAGAGUUUGGCUCCAGCAGUAUAGCUACAUUUGGUACAGCCGAGCCUGGUUCGGGGACCUUCAAUGUUCCCCACAGUAUGACCUUGGCUGAGGACAAGGGCCUCCUCUGUGUGGCUGACCGGGAGAACGGCAGGAUUCAGUGCUUCGACCUGGAUGGUAACUUCCAGCUGAUGAUCCACUCCCCCGAAUUUGGUGACCGGAUAUUUGCAGUAUCCUACUGCCGGCUGCAUGGAGGUCUUUUAUUCGCCGUCAAUGGACCGUCGUUAUCAGGAACGCCCCCAGUGCAGGGAUUUAUCAUAGACAUCAACGACGGUCAACUGAUCGAAACUUGGAACGCUAAACCUGGACUGAGACAGCCCCAUGACAUUGAGGUGGAUCCCGUUAAUCUACGUGUGUACGUGGGGGAACUGGACCCCACCAAGGUCUGGAGGUUCGACAUGAAGGCCGAUGAUGGAACAGGAGGGAGGGGGAACAUUAUACACAGUGGCACCACCCCAUCUAGUUCUGGAACCACGAUCAACGCCACAUUUGUGGACACCCAAGAAACGAACAAGAAGUCGCUGACUCAGGAGGAGGAGAUAAUGCCGGCGAUCAUCAUCGGGGCACUUCUGGUCAUCCCGAUCAUCAUCAUCAUCGUCAUUGUCAUCGUCAUCAGAAUCUACAAAAAAGAACAAAAAUCUGCACAUCAUAGCGUUAAUCCUGCAGAGCGUAUUCAGGCCAACACGAUUGUUGCGGACGACAUCGAUCACGGCCCAGGAAGAAAUUUAACAUUGGUAACUUCCUCACUCCACACCGAGGAUUCGACCGACUGAGUCAGGAGGGCAGCGACACAGAAUUUGAUCCGCUCAACGACGACUCCGACGAAGAGGAGGAGUAUUCCAUCACGCGAAAGGCUUGAAGAUAAGACUAGAGGGUCGUAAGGUGUGGGAGGCUCGGAAUCUCAGCUUCUCCUUGCCCUAUAGAUAACAAGUUGUGAUAUCAUGUAGAAUUUUUGUUGUUUUCUGUGAUGAAUUGUUUUGAUUGAGAAGUAUGUACUUAUUUUAUAGCCUAGAUGAUAAAAGAACAAAAAUAUGAAAACAUGCUUUUUAUAUGACAUGAAAUCCAUGCUCUCAAUGGUCCUUCAGUGCCAGGGUAAUGAUAUUGUAAGGGGGGGGGGCAUAAAUAAAUUAGGUUACACGAUGCCUGUUAAAUCUAAGAAGCAGAGGGGAGGGUACAUGUGUUAUACACACCAGCUGUGUCAGUAUUUUAAUGUCAGAUAGGGGAAGACUUUCAGUGUUGUCACAUUUAGGGAAGGGUAUUGAUGUAAUGAUGUAAAGGGGGGGGGGGGGGGGGGUAUGUCAUUCAAGUGACGUAGUUUGAGAGGGGGCGUAAUAGCUUACAGUUUCUGUGCGUCCUUCACAGGUGUCCAGUUAUUGGGAUCCCCAUUAGGAAUUACCUCAUUAAACCUGUGAAGUGUUGGCCUAGUCUUGGCUAUCAGCCCUACUUUUAUUUCUGUUCUAUGCAUGCAUUUUAUAGCCAUUUUAUGAACUGUUUAUGACCAAUUGGGGUUUAUUAUUCCCUUUGGCUUCCUUUUUUGUUUUGUAAUUUAAUAGAACAAUAUUAUAUUUUGUUCAUAGCAAAUAAUGUUUUAAAUCAAUGGGUAUUUGAUGAUGUCGUGUACUUUAAAGGCAUUUAUUUGAUUUUUUACAACACUCUGAAAUGCAUUAUGGUCUCAUGUCUGUUAUUUUCAGAGCUGGCUAUAUUAUCAACAUCUUUUUAUACAUGUAUUUUCUUCAUACAAGACAGAAUUUUAUUAAUGAUAUGUUGAUAAUUGAAUUUGUAUAAUUUAUAUUACUUCGUUUUAAUUUAUUUCAUAUAUACAGAUAUUUUUCCUUUAUAUAAUUGUUAUUUUACUAGUCACAUACCUUAUCUUGUAGAAAAAUCUGUGAUGGGAAAGAUUCAUUAUAAAAUGAGCAUGGCAAUGUUGUAACAUGUAAGGUCAAGGACAUUGAAGUUAAUCUAUAAGGUCAAGGUCAUUCAUUUAAACCUUGAUCUUUACAAGAGUUACAAGGCAUAAAAAAAUCAGUUUUCAUCAAACUUUUAUGAAAUAUUUUAACAAAGUAAAGUUUGAUGUACCCAUUUAAUUCUCUAUUGAUAUUUUGCGGGUUCUAUCCAUUUUCAAUAUAUUUUGUUUAAUGCGUUACAGAAGUAUUACAGAGAAAUAAUUAUUAUUCUCAGAGACUGUGUAUAUUUACUGUACUAGUAUAUAUCAUCAACACGUACUUGUGGUCAAAAGUUAGAGAGACUAAGAUUUAGUCAGUGUUACAUGUGUUCUGUUGUCAUGGUAGCGGUCUUCAAUGUAUUUGUUGUUAUUUAAUUUAUUAACUCUCUGAAGAAACAAGUUUGACAGAUUAUUUUUAUAUAAGACAGGAGCAUCUUCCCUGAUUUGAUGAGGCUGUAGGCAGUCACCGAAGGUAGCUGUCCAGCCUCAGUUAUACAUGUAUUGUGUUAACCCCUUGUGUAGGAAUAUAUGUCAUUACUGUAUAUUAUGCAUCUAAACUUAGUUCAUUUCUCUGUAUUUAUUUGUUCUGUAUACAGUUUAUACACAGGUACAGUGUGCAAUGGACUGUAAUAAGUCUUGUUCAUAUAGGUGUACCAUGAACUGUUCUUAAACUUUUCUGUACAUAUAGUAAUAUUGUCUUCAGUUUUACAUACAUACAGAAUGUACCAUAUGUACGGACCGCUCUUACACUUCUGUGUACAUUGUGCAAUCUUUUAUACAGUAACAUUUUGCAAUGGACGACUUGGCAAUCUUUGGUUUGGGACAUUAACCACAUCAUGCUUUCUACUCUGGAGUUGUUUAACACUGUGGAGAUUUCUCACACAAGAAACAGUUACCUUAUUCUGUUCACCGGGCUCCAACCUCUCCUACUGCCAUGUUGUACAGAUAUCUUCUAUUAGUCUCACACAGUCUGUCCUUGUGUGCCAGUAUGGGACCGUUCAGAACAGAUCUUAAUUUAUUGUUUAGUUAUAUGUAUCUCAUGUUAAUUAUUUUGUUACUUCUAUCAUUGUAUUGUUUCCUGCAAUCCAUCUGGAUUGGGGGAUCUUGUUGCCAAAGUAGAGCUCUGGGCCUGUGGUUCACUAGAGCUGUGGGCCUGUGGUUCACUAGAGCUCUGGGCCUGUGGUUCACUAGAGCUCUGGGCCUGUGGUUCAAUAGAGCUCUGGGCUUGUGGUUCACUAGAGCUCUGGGCCUGUGGUUCACUAGAGCUCUGGGCCUUUGGUUCACUAUAGCUGUGGGCCUGUGGUUCAAUAGAGCUGUGGGCCUGUGGUUCAAUAGAGAUCUGGGCCUGUGAUUCAAUAGAGAUCUGGGCCUGUGAUUCAAUAGAGCUCUGGGCCUGUGGUUCAAUAGAGCUGUGGGCCUAUGGUUCACUAGAGCUGUGAGCCUGUGAUUCACUAGGGCUCUGGGGCUCUGGUUCUGUCUCCUGCUACCAUUCCAUUCAGUGGUGUUGUCUGAUCAUCAAUAAACCAGCCUAAUAUAUAAA